UAUGCCAGGAAACCAAUGCAUCCUGUAUACAUAACGACGCGUCGCGUUAAAAGUUGUUCAAUAGAGAACGUGCCGGCAAAUAGAAAGCAAGUCAUGCUGCGGUUCCUUGCGCUGGUAUACUCCAUCGCAAUCUUCCUGAUGAUUUCGAAAGUGAUAUCUUCAGACGAAUCGGACGAACAAGUAAGAAGAGUGGAUAGAUCGUUUCACCGAGUCUCGUCACCUCUGUUCUUCUUUCAUCUUCUGAAACUGAAAAAGAAGAUCCAAAAGAUAGAAAAUGUGCCAACCACGCCACCGACUGCUGAUUGUAUUUGCGUCCCUUAUUAUUUAUGUGACGCUAAUCGCACUAUAAUUACGGAUGGUAUUGGGGUGAUCGAUAUUCGAUAUCGAAGAUGCACUGGAGAUUUAGAAGUCUGCUGUCGUCCACGGAACACAACGACGACCACUAUGAAACCUACUACUACUACUACUACUACUACGACCAUGAAGACAACUACUACUACGAAGGCAACUACUACGAAGGCAACUACUACUACGACCACCUCGACCACGGUUCCACCAGUGAUCUUUCCAACUACGGAACCUCAGCCUAUCCCAAUUUGUAUCUGUGUAUUGGCCACUCAAUGCGAUCCAAACGGAAUCAUCGGCAAUUCCGGGGAAGGUGUGAUAAAUCCUCGUACGCAAUAUAUACAGUGUCCAAGCAACAUGGUAUGUUGCAGACCAACCAGCGUGAUUCAGUAUCCUGUUGUAACUAAUCCUCCAGUUGUCGUUUCUCCGCAAAUUUGUGUAUUAUGCGGAAAUGCGAUCCAGUGCAAUAACGGGGUUGUAAUUCCCGUGAAUGUUGGUAUCAUAAAUCCUGUGGUAACUUACAGUCAACAGACGUGUCCUGUACCUACCUCCUGCUGUCAAGCAAUAAACCCAGGCUAUGGAAACGGAAUUCCAGUGGUGAUCGGACCUGUCAGGAAUCCCGGGACCCCUCAGGCUUGUUAUUGUAUGAAAAGUUGGUUAUGCAUACCAGGAAAUUCUGUCAGCACGAAUGGAUUUGGUGCCAUCGAUCCAAGAUUUUCUGUGUGUGGAAGCGCGGAUGAAGUUUGCUGCCGAGCGUCUCCUACGAUCAAUGUAGCAAGAAACGACGAUUUAGACAAAUCAGACGAGAACGUAGUGAAUGGAGAAGUGUCGUUCUUGCAACCUGGAUGUGGUAUUCAGAAUAAAACUUAUGCGACGGCCCAACCUGUGGACACUGGGAAAACGUAUUUUGCAGAAUUUCCAUGGAUGGUGGCUUUGUUAACGGCACAACCAGAUGGUAAAUAUCUAUUCCAGUGCGGGGGAUCCAUGAUUACCAACAAGGCUGUUCUCACGGCUGCGCAUUGUGUUACCAAUUUAGGAAACAACAGACCGAUAGCGCGUUUUGGACAAUGGGAUCUGAAAUAUCAACCUGGCGACCAACCACUUCCUUUUCUAGAUGCGAGCAUAAAAGCCAUAGUGGCCCAUCCUCAGUUUUAUAAUGCCGGUCUGUUCAACGAUAUAGCAGUGAUCAUUUUAAACGAACCAGUGAAAUUGAAUGUGAACAUUGCCCCUAUUUGUAUACCACAGCAGGGACUACUUUUCCCUGCUGGUACUAAGUGUAUUGGCACAGGUUGGGGAAAGAAUUCAUUCGAUGGAACGUAUCAAACUGAAUUAAGGAAAGUAGAACUGCCUUUAGUGGACAGGUCUGAUUGUCAAAAUCGACUUCGAACGACAAGAUUAGGAGCGUAUUUUCAGUUGCACAGCUCUUUUGUUUGUGCAGGGGGAGAGGUAAACAAGGACACAUGCCGUGGAGACGGUGGUGGUCCUCUUGUGUGCCCCACAGCUACAGGACAAUACUUUCAGGCUGGUAUAGUAUCUUGGGGAAUCGGUUGCGGAUCGUCGAAUGUUCCUGCCGUUUACACAAAUGUAGCGCAAUACACGGAAUGGAUUAGUCAACAAUUGGCAACUUACGGGGCGACCUCCAACAUGGCAACGUGGUGCAUACUGUUGGCAUUGACGGUGAUCAACUUCCCUUGGGUUGCACCAGCUCCCCAAUCUGACGGUGGAUUGGAUGCUUUGAUAGCGAGCGCGUUUAAAACAAGUUCGCAAACUUCGUCCCCCGUUACCAGCUCUUUAGACGAUUUAAUUUCGGAUGUAUUUAAUAAAAAACAAACCACUACUACACCCACUACUAUUUUGGGAACGAAUAAUACGAAACCACCACCGGGAGACUGCGAAUGCGUGCCGUAUUAUCAAUGUCGAAACGGUACCAUUUCGGAAAAUGGAGAGACACUGAUCGAUAUCAGAGCUUUAUCAGGUCCGUGCGAGAAUUACCUGGCCGUCUGUUGCAAAAUACCAGACAGGAAGAAUCCUGAAGAAAUACGUCCGCCACUCGAGAGAAAAGGCUGUGGACAAAGGCACCCGAAUGGUGUUGGUUUCAGAAUUACUGGCAACAGUAACAGCGAAGCAGAAUUUGGCGAAUUCCCGUGGAUGGUGGCUAUAUUGAAGGAAGAACCAAUCGGCGAAAACAAUCAGAAAUUGAACGUUUAUCAAUGCGGUGGUUCCUUGAUUCACAAGUUCGCUGUUUUAACUGCUGCUCAUUGCGUGCAAGGAAAGCAACCAUCCGAAUUGAGAAUUCGCGCUGGAGAAUGGGACACGCAAACUAAUAAUGAGAUUUAUCCUCAUCAAGAUCGCACCGUACAGAAAGUGAUCGUUCAUGAAAAAUAUUAUGCCGGCGCUCUUUUUAACGACUUCGCCAUUUUAAUCUUGUCCGAGCCGGUGAAUUUGACAGACAACGUUGAUCUCGUUUGCCUGCCAGAACGAAACGAUAUAUUUGAUAACAGUCGAUGUUUUGCUAGUGGCUGGGGAAAGGAUAUCUUUGGUAAGGAGGGACACUACCAGGUAAUCUUGAAGAAGGUAGAAUUGCCAAUAGUGCCACGUAAUACAUGUCAAGAACAGCUUCGAAAGACUAGACUAGGAAAAUAUUUCGUUCUUCACGAAAGUUUUAUAUGCGCUGGUGGAGAAGUUGGCAAAGACACUUGCAAGGGUGACGGAGGAAGUCCUCUUGUAUGCCCACUUAAAAAUAAUCCUAGCACGUACUUGCAAGCGGGUAUUGUAGCGUGGGGAAUCGGUUGCGCAGAAGGUGGUACUCCAGGUGUUUAUGCUAAUGUUGCCUUAGCACGUGAUUGGAUCGACGAACAAAUGGCUUUUAAUAAUUUGGACAAUACCGUUUACAAACCUCUAUCACAGAAUUGAUUUUAGCAAAUCGUUUCAUAAGUUUAUGCGUAUAAAAAUCGAUGGCGUUUUUCUGUGGAAAGACUGUAUUCAUCGUAUAUUAUUUUUGUAAUAAUAACUAGAUCUGCCACUGGUUUUUCGUCUACUUCUUCCCUUUUCUUUUGUGCUUUAAAAUUAUACACGAACAUAACACGAAGGUAAACACAGAUGCGGCGGAUAAAAAUCUGUUGCUAAACAAUCAAAGUCAACGGUUGAAAUUAACUUUUUAUGUUAAAUAAAUGCUGGUCAUAAAAUUAUAUUUCGUCGCAGAUCGUCUGUGAAACAUAUUUCACACGUGUUUCGCAAAUGAAUUUUUUUACGACCACAGCACUCCAUUGAUUCUUUCCAGACGCGCUAUUGAAACGGUUCAAUGCAUUGUGUUUCGAAACUCCUAACUCUUAUUUUAAAGAGGUGUCCUUGCUUUUUAGGAAAAGCAGGAAAAAUAUCUCUUAUUGAGAUUGGUCGCACGUGUUAGACACGUCUGCGUUUGCUUUUUUAGUGGAAUGCAACUUUCUAAUCGGUGAUAUAAUGUUUUGUUUACGCGAUUUUGUUAGAAUUUUAUUUGAAAAUUUUAUGUAUAGAUAUAUAUGAAAUGUCGUAUAAAUUUUAAAAAUUUCAUUAUGUAUAAGUAUGAAAUAUGCGUUAUUCUUUUAAAUUUUGGAAAUACUAUUGCUAAAAGCAACAUAUAUUUUUAUAUAAUUAAAAAACUUCUUUUUAAAAAUUUUCUUUUUGAUUUAAUGUGCCUUAUAUUUUGUAUAAAUUAUCUUCAACUUAUUUAUGUUGUUAAUUUUUUGUAAUGAGUAUUUUCUGUUUAAUAACAAAUAUGCUCUAUACUUGUACUUCGAGUUUUCAAUUCAUAAAAAAAGAUAAAGGAGGUCUCUUAAAAUCCAUGUAUCAAUUAUUUGCAGUAUAACUUUUAAUAUAAAUAGCUCUUGUUGAAA